AUGGAGCAAACCUAUGGCGAGGUGAACCAGUUAGGAGGGGUUUUUGUCAACGGCCGGCCUCUGCCCAAUGCCAUCCGACUAAGAAUAGUGGAAUUAGCCCAGCUCGGGAUCCGACCGUGCGAUAUCAGCCGACAACUUCGUGUUUCCCACGGCUGUGUGAGCAAGAUCCUGGCUCGAUACAACGAAACCGGCUCCAUAUUGCCCGGCGCAAUUGGAGGCAGCAAGCCUCGCGUUACGACGCCUAAUGUGGUAAAAAGCAUACGGGAGUACAAGCAAGGAGACCCAGGGAUUUUUGCUUGGGAGAUUCGGGACCGACUGCUUGGAGACGGAGUAUGUGAUAAAUACAACGUGCCCUCUGUCAGCUCCAUCAGCAGGAUAUUAAGGAACAAGAUUGGCAACCUUUCCCAGCCCAACCAGUACGAAAGUUCUAAGCAAGCAGCGCCUCAGCCGAGCCUAACAUACAAUCAUUUAUAUCAGUACACCUACCCCAAUGCCAUGUCUCCUACUGGAACUAAAAUGGGCAAUCCUCCCGGUGUCCCUGUCACCGGAGGACAUGUUAGUAUACCGCGCGGCUGGCCUUCAGCACACACCGUCAGCAACAUUCUCGGCAUCAGGGCUUUCAUGGACCCCACAGCCAUUGCUGGUAGUGAUGGCUACACGCCGAAAAUGGAGGACUGGGGUAGUGUAAACCGAGGAGCAUUUCCCUCCACACAUGGAGUCAACGGAAUAGACAAAUCCAUUGAGGCAGACAUAAAGUACCCUCAGCCUUCAUCGACUCUGUCUAGUUACGUUGCACCGUGUGCCUACUCCCCCUCGAAUCAGUAUGGUGUGUAUAGUGGUGCAGCAGGCAGCUAUGUGAGUCCCGGGCACCACUGGCAGGCUCAGGGAACGAGUGCCAUGAGCAUCCAUUCGGGUGAAAUCCAUUCUGCCAUGCCCUUCAAACACACCAACCGAGAUGGAGACAGAAAGCCCCAGAGUCCCCUCAGUAAGCAGCAGCACGAAACGCUCAGCACUAUACACGGACUCAGCCUUCCUACGUCAUCAUCGUAG